UUCGAAAAGUGAUUUUUCUUUCUUCCUUAAUAGGACAUGAUCAAUCCAUUACAGUCAACUUAAGUGCUUCUUCCUUUUUGUUUACAUAAAGUGCUUAAGUGCAAACAAGUGCUAAACAUCAGUCUAGAUACUAGGUAGUAGGGGACCGACCGACCAGAAUCAUGUCAUGCUCCAAGAUGAGCAACUUUAUCUCAACAAAACCGUGCCUACGUGAUACGCCCGCAUAUCACUCGAUAAUACGUAAUUCACAGGGAUUAUUAACAAAAACGAACCUCAUGAUUCAGCAAUUGACACAUUGUGACGUAGCAAGCCAAUACGAUUAAAAAAAUGGCAAAAGAUAACAGUUGCGCAAUGUUGCGGAAUACGCGGUGAGGGGAUACAAAUUAAAGAGAACCAGUUGCGUGCUGUCAUUCGUCGAUAGUCAUGCGCGGUGCUACGUGACGGGACGUAUGUGAUGCUGUAUAUAAAUGGAUAUAAAUGAAUUAUGAUCCACAAUUUCUAUCGAGUAGCGUCAUCGCUAGUUCUACGGGCAAAUGUAACGCGCGCGAAGUACACCAUGAUCGACGUUUUGACGGAACGCGUGCCCUUCUCAAGGGAUUUCUUGUUUCGCCAGCUCUUCGAUCCAGUAUCCAGUACGUACACGUAUCUGCUGGCCGAUAUCAACGAUAAGGAAGCGAUUCUGAUCGAUCCGGUCAUCGAAUGGGCCGAUCGUGACAAAACAAUCGUCGAGGAACUGGGAUUAACGCUGAAAUACGCCUUGAACACGCACAUGCACGCGGACCACAUUACCGGGACGGGACGACUGAAGAGCCUGUUGCCCGGCUGCAAGUCCAUGAUAUCGCGCAGCAGCGGUGCUAAAGCAGACGUACUCCUGGAACCGUACGAUCAAGUCCAAUUCGGCAGGCAUCAACUGAAAGUGCUGCCUACACCAGGUCACACCGAAGGUUGCGUCACGUACGUGUGCGAUGAGCAGGCAAUCGCGUUCACGGGUGAUGUACUCUUGAUACGGGGAUGUGGCAGAACUGAUUUUCAGGGCGGAUCCGCCGCGAUCUUAUACAAAUCCGUUCACGAGAAGAUCUUCAGCCUGCCGCAAAAUUACCGGCUGUACCCCGCACACGAUUACAACGGCAGGACCGUCACCACCGUGGCCGAGGAGAAAGCUCUUAAUCCCAGACUGUCCAAGUCGCUGGAGGAGUUUGUCAAAAUUAUGAACAACCUCAACCUGGCUUAUCCCAAGAUGAUCGAUAAAGCUGUACCGGCCAACAGAGUUUGCGGUCUAUACGAGGUGGAAGAAGAAAAGGGACAAUGAAAAUUAUUGACAGCGUUGCAGCCGAUGCACUAGCACGCUAGUAUUGCAAUUCCGCACGCUCUAUUAAUAAUGCAUGGUCCCGACAGUUAACGUUCAUACGUCACGAGUAGCACGAUUAUUCUCCGAUUUUAACUUUAUUAUCGAUAUUAUUAAUAUUAAAUGAGGGACGAUCGCAUAGUUUGGUAGUUUUAACAGCACAAGGAAGCAGAAUGUACUCAGGGGGGAGCGAUGUAAGACACGUGAUAUUACGGCGUACAGUAAUUUAAUAUAUAGUUUACGUACACGGCAUUAAUAUUGUUGUUGAAUUAUUCUCCACCACUCCGUUUUGCAUGUACGAGCUUGAGCGCGCGUUAUUUAUUUAUAUAUUUAUACUCGCGCGAUUUUAACGCAUUAGAACCUACCUAAAAAAUUUACAUGUUAAACGGGAUACAUGUGCGCCGUCUCUUUUUACACCGCUAAAAAUGUUAUUUAAUUGCGACACUUUGUUUGCGUGCUUUCUCGGACUGGCGUUUUAUUUAUCGUAACGGUAAUGUAGCCGAUAACGCGUAUCAAAUGAGCGCUUUAUUUCAUGCCCGCGCUUUAAUGGGUUAAAAUGCGCGUUUUAUGCGUUUAUUUCAUGUUCUUUGAGGGAUACGACAUGUGGAAAAUGUACGGACACCAAAUAACGAUACGUUGUACGAUACGUUUUUAAUGAACGUAAUUUGGUUUACGAUAGAAAUAAAAUUAUAUUAUCGUCA